CAUGCCGCUGUGCGGGGGCGCUGUGCACGCCGGAGCAAAGAACGCGAGCUCGUUUGGCGGCACUGGCGCUGGAUGGUUGCGCGCUGCCACCAAUCUCAAGCUCACAGCUCGCUGCAUUGCGAUGAGCGCCAGCGGCGAGGGGAUUGCCAUGACAAUGGACAAGCAGAGGCAGUAUGUGAGCUGGUUUCGCGAAGCCUGGCCAUACAUUCAAGGCCAUCGGGGCAGUACUUUCGUGAUCGUCAUCCCUGGUGAAGUUAUCGCCAAUCGUCUUGUUCUAGACAAUGUUCUUCAGGAUAUCUCUCUUCUACAUGGACUCGGCAUCAAGCUUGUGAUCGUUCCUGGAACUCAUAUCCAGAUCGAUGCUCUUCUCCGAGAAAGGGGUCAGGAGCCUUGCUACAUUGGAGCCUACAGAGUCACAGACUCUAACGCUCUUGAAGCCUCGAUGGAAGCGGCAGGGAAAAUCCUCGUGGAUAUAGAAGCGAAGCUUUCAAGAGGUCCAAUGGUCCCUGUGUUGCGACGGCAUGGUGGAGCUGCACGGGCUGGAUUGAGCGUUGCAGGAGGAAACUUUCUAUCGGCUAAGAGGAGAGGUGUUGUUAAUGGAGUCGACUUUGGAGCUACAGGAGAAGUGAAGAAGCUCGAUAUCGUCCGCAUCAAAGAGAGGUUGGAUUGCAACUGCAUCGUGAUCCUUAGCAACCUUGGCUACUCGAGCUCUGGAGACGUUUUGAAUUGCAAUACAUAUGAAGUAGCGACCUCUUGCGCAACAGCCCUCACGGCCGAUAAGUUGCUCUGUCUGGUCGACGGUCCGAUUGUGGACGAGAAGAACAGUGUUGUCAAGUUCAUGACACUCGAGCAAGCAGAUCAAGCGAUCAGAACUCAAACGAGCCAAAGUUACACUGCUGCUGAUUAUGUCAAGGCUGUCGCUGGAGCAAAAUACUCCAUAAGCCUGGGACUUGACUCUUUCUCAAAUGGAAGUCCCAUGGCAAGUUCACAUACGGAUCAAAACUCGGGUUUUGCAAUUGGCGGCCGGGAAAGACAAAGUAGAACACAUCUUUCGGAACUGGCUGCAGCUGUAUUCGCUUGUCGGGGCGGUGUUACGCGUGUUCAUCUUCUGGAUUGUACUGUCGAAGGUGCAAUCCUUCUCGAGUUUUACACGCGAGAUGGAAUUGGAACUAUGAUUUCCAAUGAUAUGUAUGAAGGGACUCGCUCGGCAACAAGCUCUGAUAUCUUGGGCAUCCAGCAACUUCUUCGUCCUUUGGAAGAGCAUGGCAUCCUCGUCCACAGAAGCAAACAGCAGCUCAUUCAAGAAGUUGACGAUUUCAUAGUGGUGGAAAGAGAUGGAUGCUUGAUCGCAUGCGCUGCGCUCUUCCCAUACCCUGCUGAGAAAUCAGGAGAAGUUGCCGCUUUUGCAGUAGCUCCGGAGUGCCGUGGCCACGGCCAAGGUGACAGCCUUCUCGAUUACAUCGAAAGAAAAGCUGCCAGGGCCGGACUGGAGAAACUCUUUCUCCUAACAACGCGCACUGCCGACUGGUUUGUGCAUCGCGGAUUUUCAGAGUGUACAAUCGACGACCUUCCGGCUGCUAAACGCUCCAAAGUCAAUCUCUCGCGAGGCUCCAAGUACUAUAUGAAAAUCCUAUUGUCUCAGUGCAAUGGGAUUCUUCGUAUCACGCGAUAAAAGAGAAAAAAAAACAAAAACAACGUAAAGAGAUUCGAAA